GUAGUACUAUUCUAUAGAGAAGAACAAAACGCAUUGUCUACUUGUAUUUGCAUUUUGCAACCUCUCUCUCUCUCUCUCUCUCUCUCUCUCAUCAAGCAGUGAGCAAUUACAAAAGACCAGUCAUCUUUCUUUAUGUCUCAAAAUAUCUUUAUGAUAUUUGGUUCAUCAAAAUAAGCAUUAGGUAGCAGCAGAAGUAUCUAUUAUAGUACUCCAUUAUUCUCCUCCUCCUCAAAACACAACAAAACAUGGAAGGAAAAGGAAAGAAGAGGAAGAUGGACAAUGAAGAGGGAGGAGGAGAAGAAGAAGAAGAAGAAGAAGAUGAAGAGAAGAAGAUGGAGAAGUUUUUUGCUUUGAUUAGAAGCACACGCGACGUGCGCGAUCGUUUGAGGACUGGUGUCAAUGAAUCAAAGGAUAAAGAAGAGAAGAGACCAGUUGAGAAAGAGAUCAAGACAACUGCGGUCUGGAAUCCUAAGUUCCAACCAGAAGAUUUUCCCGGGGAAUAUAAGCCUAAGAGUAGUACUCCUGGUGCCAGUACCCCACCAGGUCCUUCUAAAAGAGAAGAAAAAGAAGAAGAAGAAGAAGAAGAAGAUAGAGGAGAUGACAAAGGUUUAGACCUAAAUCUUUCUUUGUAGAAGGGCUAUUUACAGAAAUGUGAUAUCAUGCACGUUAAAGAUCAACUAGAUUCACCAGUUACAUUAUAUGCUAUAAAAAUGAAAAAGUUUGUCAA